GCCAGCAGAAUGGUAAAGCCCCAUGCCUGUCUGACAGCAGCAACACUGUGUGGGUGUCUGCCUGUCACCCAGGGGCCCAUGUCAACAGCAGAGGGAAGAAGAAGAGACGUAGAAGAAGUAACACUGUUGCAGAAAUGGAUCUGCGAUCUGAGCUGCUCAAGUCCAUUUGGUACGGCUUCACAGCCCUGGAUCUGGAGAAGAGCGGUAAGGUGUCCAAGUCUCAGCUGAAGGUAUUGUCCCACAACCUGUGCACAGUCCUCUCUAUCCCACAUGACCCAGUUGCCUUGGAGGAGCACUUUAGGGAUGAUGAUGAUGGCCCAGUUUCCAGUCAGGGUUAUAUGCCUUAUCUCAACAAAUACAUCCUGGAUAAGGUUGUUGAAGGCUCUUUUAAUAAGGAAAACGUAGAUGAGCUCUGUUGGACUCUUACGGCGAAGAAAAACUACCAGACUGACAAAAACAGCAGCACUGUUCUGCCAGAGAAGGAUGCUUUUCGGCUCUGGUGCCUUUUUAAUUUUCUGUCUGAGGACAAAUACCCUCUGGUGAUGGUCCCUGAUGAGGUGGAGUACCUCCUCAAGAAGGUCUGCAUGGCUAUGAGUAUUGAGUUCAACUGUGUUGAAUUGGAGGACUUCUUCUCCCAGGACUCAGUGCAGCAGAGUGGCAUCACUGUUUGGGUUUUUCUGCAGAUGAUGAACACAGGAAAGCUAACCAAAGGAAUUGAUAAAAGCAUAGUCAGCAUGGCUAUAGAGGAAGUAUAUAGGGAGAUAGUUGGUGAUGUCCUCAAAGAGGGUUAUCUGUGGAAAAAAGGCCAGCUAAGGAGAAACUGGAAGGAGCGCUGGUUCACCUUAAGGCCAAGCAACUUGUCCUACUACACCGGGGAGGACCGCAAGGAGUGCCAGGGCAACAUAGCUCUGGAUGGGAACUGCUGCGUGGAGGAAGUAGACGAUGAUCAAAUAUUGUUUGGUCGUUCAAAAUGGAUCAAAAACGUCCUUUUCCCAGUGCUCCCAGACCGAGAUGGGAAGAGGUGCAUGUUUUGUCUUAAAACCCUCUCCAAGACUUAUGAAAUGAGCGCCUCAGACACCAAACAGAGACAGGAGUGGACUACAGCCAUUCAAACAGCUAUCAGGCUGCACGUGGAGGGGAAAACGUCCCUCCAUAAAGAUCUGAAGCUGAAGCGGCGCGAACAGCGUGAGCAGCGGGAGAAGAGACGGCAGGCCAAGGAGGAGGAGCUGCAGAGGCUGCGGGCCCUGCAGGAGGAACGGGAGCGUAAGCUGGCGGAGCUGGAGCUCCUGAAGGAGGCGCAGAAGCAGGCUCAGGCCCUCCUGGAGCAGGACGAGCAGAGGAGGCGCCAGCAGCAUGAGCAGCUCCAGCAGGCCCUGGAGGUCCAGCUGCGAGAGGCUGAGGAGGCCCGGGUCAGUAUGCAGGCAGAGAUGGCUCUGAAAGAGGAGGAAGCAGAGAGGCAGAGGAAGAGGAUCCAGGAGCUGGAGGAGAUGCAGAAGCGUUUGGAGGAGGCGCUGCAGCAGGAGAUCAAAGCCAGGCUGGACGAGGAGGCCUUCCGCUACGCUCAAGCAGGGUUACUGGCUGAGGAGGAGGAGAAGAUGAAGGCACUGAUGUCCCUGCAGGAAGAACAGGAGGAGUACAUCCUGAAGACACAGCGGGAGAAGCAGGAGCUGAAGCAGGAAAUGGAGGCCAAGUCUCGAGCCUUGGAUGAGGCACAGAGGCAGCUGGAGGAGGUUCGUGCCAACCGGCACAGGGUUGACCAGGAUGUCGUGGCUGCGCAGAGGAAACUUCGCCAAGCGAGCACCAACGUCAAACACUGGAACGUCCAGAUGAACAGACUGAUGCGACCAAUCGGACCAGGCGAGAAGAGACCGUCGUUAGGAAGCUCUUUCUCGUCCUUCCAGAUCCCGACGCAGAGAGAUCCCGGGCUGCGUCUCAGAAGGAGAUCAGGAUCAGAGGAUCAGGAUGAGGAGAGCAAAGAAAACGUUGAAAACAGAGCUGGGUGUGAUUUAGAAAAACGCCACUCCCAUGCCUCUAACGGAGACAUGGACAUCCCCUAAAAAACGUGAACCAGAGAGGCUGACCAGGUCAGGGCCAGAGGCGACCGUCUAAUAUGUGAACAAUAUGUGAAAACAGUGGGACAUCAACACCUAAAACUGAAUUUACAGUACUACCACUUUUUGUUAAAUGUUGAUUUUACUGACCUCAUUUCACAGACAGCAACAGCUUAAAAACAUGUUAGUGAGAAGUUGCGUUUGCAGGAUUCAUUGCUAAACUAAUGCUUUGACUGCAACCUGUGUGAGGCCGCCUCUGGACAUAAACGAUACCUCAGUGCAAAGAGAAUGAGCUGUAAGAGAAGCUGAAAGUACAAAGUUAGUCCGUGUUUAAAGGAAGCUCAUUUAUUUAGCUCUGUAAUAUAGGGAGAACGAUUUUUCAAUUUCACAUAUAUUUUGUGUCGUGUGGUGCAGCUUGACUUUUUGGUGAGAAAAGUUGGUUCAGUAUUAGAGUUUACUUCAAUUUCAGUCUAAAAGUAUCACUGCACACAAACAGGAAAGAGAAAGACAGAGAGAG